CCCAGAUCAGCUCCCCGGCCGCCGUCCCACGACCCAAGGGGGAAAAAAGGGCCACCCAUCAGUGCCUUCUCCUCUCCUCUCCCCUUCCAUUUUCUCUCUCUCCGAUCCGGAUCUCCCUACCCACUCCGGCGAGCCCUCGCCGCGUCGCCUCCACGCGACCAGGCUCCCCCGUAUAUCGGCGCUUCCCUUAGCCGCCGGCGCCCGCCUAUCCCACAGGUUAUAUCCGGUUGCCUCCUCCUCCUCCUCGUGCACCUCUGACCGGAGGCCCGCCAAACCCUAGGCGAGCCGCCCAUGGACAUAGAGACCGACGGUCGCUUCGGCAACAAGCGCGUGCACAACCGCCUCGGCCCGGCCAACGGCGCCGCCUCCUCGUCGACAUCCGGGAAGGUCUGCAUCCACUGGCGUGCAGGGCGUUGCAAUCGCUUCCCCUGCCCCUACCUCCACAGCGAGCUCCCCGAGGCGACCACCAAGCGCACGAACCACGGCGCCGGCGCCGGCGGGAACGUCUGGAGGAACCCCAGCUCAGGAGGUGGAGGGGGCCGCGGCGGCGGUGGCCUGAACAAAUGGGGGAGGGGCCCAGGAGGUGGAGACGGCGGCCCGAGGCACAAGGUGCCCGACCGCCCCUGCAGGUAUUUCCUCGCCGGCGACUGCAGCUACGGAGAGAAGUGCCGGUUCCCUCACACCUACUGCAUGAGCGAUAGCAUCACUCUGCUCACUCCGCUCCAGGGCCAUGAGAAGGUUGUGACGGGGAUUGCACUGCCGGCUGGGUCAGACAAGCUGUAUUCUGGGAGUAAGGACGGAACUGUGCGCAUGUGGGAUUGCCAAACUGGGCAGUGUGCUGGUGUCAUCAAUAUGGGACGUGAGAUCGGGUGCAUGAUCAGUGAGGGGCCAUGGUUAUUUGUUGGAAUUCCUGAUGCUGUGAAGGUUUGGAAUAUGCAAACACAAGCGGAAAUGAACCUUACUGGGCCAACGGGGCAAGUCUAUGCACUCGCUGUUGGCAAUGAGCUACUCUUUGCUGGAACACAAGAUGGACGGAUUUUGGCCUGGAGAUUUAGCGCGGCAACAAACGGUUUUGAGCCAGCUGCUUCUCUUGUUGGGCACCAGCUUGCUGUUGUGUCAUUAGUAGUAGGAGCCAUGAGGCUUUACUCUGGUUCAAUGGAUAAAACCAUUAGAGUGUGGGAUUUGGCAACUCUGCAGUGCAUACAGACUCUUUCCGAGCAUACAGGGGUUGUUAUGUCUGUACUCUGCUGGGAGCAAUUCCUAUUAUCUUGUUCCUUGGACCAAACAAUAAAAGUCUGGGCAGCUACAGAAAGCGGAAGCUUGGAAGUAACAUAUACACACAAAGAAGAGCAUGGAGCACUUGCCCUCAGUGGCAUGCCUGAUGCACAAUCAAAACCUGUGCUACUAUGUUCAUUAAAUGACAACACUGUCCGACUAUUUGACCUGCCAUCGUUCAGUGAUAGGGGCAGAAUAUACUCCAAACAGGAAAUAAGGGCAAUACAAGUUGGUCCUGGUGGUUUAUUUUUUACUGGGGAUGGAACUGGUGAACUGAAGGUGUGGCAAUGGGUUAUUGAGGGAGCCCAAACCAAAUGAAUAUAGUGUACUCUAGAUUAGUUUCCCCCCAUUAUUUGGUGAGGGAUUUAAGAAAAAAAAACACAUCCAUAACGAUUUGAGGUGUGGUUGGUGGCCAGUUCUGUUCUUGUAUGUCCUACAUUUAUUCUCCGAGGGUAAUGAGUUUCAAUUGGAUCGCCUUGCA